AUGCCUAGCCCACGUUUAAUUCUCGCGACCGGAUUCGUGCUGGUUACAAUAACCACGCUUUGGUUCGGUUUCUCAGCAACAAGGCUCUCACAGAAUUCCAUAAUAUCUUCGAGUCAGAAAGACUGUCCUGCGGUGAUACAGGUUGCAGAAUCGACAUGUCACGUUACAUAUACUGCUACUUUGUUCCAGACGUCCACAAUUCUGGCUACAGCGCAGGCGCAAGCACUUCCAUCUACUCCACCAACUGAGGCAUCUAAGCAGCCAGGCGAAGACGCUGAAGGAUCUCCAACAGAUGAUAAAGACGCCGUAAAAUCCAACAUACCAUCAAAAGCCUCUCAGGACCCUGCAUCGCUUACAACUCCGGCACCGAAACCGCUGUUAUCACCAUCCGACGACGAAAACUUCAAUCUAACCGAAGUUCUGACGAAAUACAACUGCUACCCCGCUUCUGCUGACGAAGUUCGCAAAGCAGCUUUCGAUAGCGUACCAUCCGUAAAAUUCAACGUGGUUAGAGGCGACAAUGUCGUAUUGGGUAGGAGAUCCAAGUCAGCAGGACAACCCUUCAAAAAGUGGUUUUCCGUGGGUCGAAAGCCGUCUACUGGCUGUUGGACAUAUGAUGACAGACUUGGGAAAUAUUCGAGCCCCGUUCCUCGCUUUUCAAGGACCUUGGGGGUGAUAAACGACUGUAACCCGGAAUGGAAACGUGCGUUGGUGGUGCAUAUGGCGAAGGGACAAAGUUGGAACCAGCAUUUCUUGCAUCAUCUUACCGCGAUAAUCGCUGAAGCAGGAUGGGUGGCAGAGUUCCACAUCUAUCUUCUAGUCCAUGUCGACGGUGACAAAGCAGCACAAAAAGACUAUGUGGACCAUGCCAUUCCAGAAGGACUCAGGCCAUUGGCAAUAACCUUCAACAGCGACGAUCUGAAGACAUAUCUUGGGAAAGAUGUUCCAUUCGACAAGUACGAAAACAAUAUGCAUGUCGCGGUCCAGAGGUUUAUGCGUGACUACUCUAAGUACGAAUUCGUGUACUUCAUCAAUCCGCACACAAGAUUGAUGGGAAGAUGGGAUACUUUGUUGAAGAGCGUGGAUGAAGAGUAUGCUUUCCACAGGGAGCUCACGGAUGAAGGAAAGGAUAUGCCCGAGCGACCUGAUCUUGUCACCUUCGAUGUUACGAGAGAGCCAGAUGAAAAGUGGGAUAUCCUCGAACCAAAAUGCCUAGAGUUCUUCAAAAGCGGCGAGAAUGAGAAAGCCAAGGUCAGAAGGAGUCUUAGUGCCUUAGGUGGAUAUUCAAGACGCAUGGUGGAGGCCCUAGCAGCAGUCAACAUGCAGAAGAUCAACUGUCACUCCGAGUACUUUGCUCCAACAGUAGCGGCGCAUAAGAACCUCACUACCUUUUUCUAUCAACACCCUCUGUAUACGACUGAAGAAGCUGCUGCUUCGAAUGCCACAACUGCAAAGGUGGCAACAAACGACGCUAUCACGGUGCAGCAAGAGAAGGUUGCAUUUGAUCUAAGCUAUUCCGGAGACGCGAAAGACGCCGAAGCUUUCUGGGCGGAAUGGGUAGAGAACAAGGAUAUAUGCAGGCCAGAGGCAUUGCUCCAUCCGAUAUCAGGGCAGCUUUAG